AUGCGUCUUACACUCCUCCUGACAUCCGCGGCAUUGUCGGCAGCAGCGACAACAAAAUGCGCGCCAACCAAGAUGGAAAACUUGGUCACCUUUGGCGAUAGCUAUACUGAUGAGUCUCGGUUGAAGUACUUUAUUGACCACAAUGGCCAGGCUCCGCCACCCGGGACCUUGCUUCCUCCGAGCAACCAGACAAGCAGUGGUGGUAAGGCGUGGGGACGCUUCGUCGCCGAAGCUACAGGUGCCAGGUACUACAACUAUGCUGUUGCAGGUGCCAUGUGCUCAGACAAAGUCUCCAAGCACUACUUUGACAACGGAACGUUCCCUCCGGUCAAGGAAUACCAGGCCCCUGCCUACCAGGCUGAUGUUAAGUUCAACAGCCUGUACCCCAACAGGAAGCCGGAAAACACUGUCUAUGCACAGUGGAUUGGAACCAAUGAUCUUGGUAUCGACGGUUUCUUGAGUGAUAAACAGGAGCCUGGCAAGAGCUUGCCCGACUUUGUCGAGUGUGUGUGGGAGACCUUUGACGCCGUCUACCAGACAGGUGGUCGGCGUUUUGUGUUGUUGAACCAGGCACCACUUCAAGUCUCGCCCAUGUAUGCUGCACCCAAGAAUGGUGGCGAGCAACUUGACCAGUACUGGCCAAACAAGGCUUCAGCAUGCAAUUCCACCGAAUCCGAGCAGAAGAUGUUUGAGUACACGAUGAGCGUCAACACCAUGUUCGACUAUGGUGCACCAUUCCAACUGUUGGUGAAGAAGAGAUGGCCCGGAGCCUACUUUACCAUUUUCAAUGUCCACGAUCUCAUGCUUGACAUUCACAACAACCCAUCGCAGUAUCUUACCCCGCCAGCAGUGGUAGACAAACCCUACCGUACUUGCGGUGCCAAUGGAUGCGUUGACGCCAAGGAUCCAUUGUCCGGCUAUCUUUGGUUUGAUGGCCUUCAUCCUUCUGAAAGAACCGACCAAAUCAUUGCUACGAAUUUUGUCGAUGUUGUAAAGGGUAGCUCCAAGUACGGAACAUACUACCAUUGA